UGAAUUAAUGAGCAAACAACUGCAGCGACCCCGCUGGAAAGAACAGCUAGGCUAGCUGAUACUAGCUAAUUUCAACUUCCAUCACUGAGACAACUAUUAGCAACUUAUACAAGGCAAGAUAUGAUAUGCGAUCCCUUGAAUCACAUGACUCCCAUUGUAGCUAGCUAACAUUAGAUUAGCCAACUCGCAUGCAUGAAAAUGUUUUCGCCAAUACAGACUACGGCGUUGUGUGGUAAUCAUUAAAGGUAACAUUAGCUGUCUUCUUAUUUUUGUUCAAACCGCCUUGCGCAUUUCAUGCGACGAUAGUACGCUCGUUUAAGCUGCCAUUUGCUAAGGGGGAGAGGGGGUCUGUUUUGUUGAGUAAAAAGUGACAGAGUGAAACAGAGUGCGAGAGGGAUCCGAAAGUGAAGCGGAGGGAGGCCCGAUCCAGGAAACGGCUAGCUGCAUAUUGGAGACGGCAACAUCAUGGCAAACAUCGCAGUCCAGAGGAUUAAACGGGAGUUCAAAGAGGUCCUCAAAAGCGAAGAGACGAGCAAAAACCAGAUUAAGGUGGAGCUCGUGGACGAGAACUUCACGGAGCUGAAGGGGGAGAUAGCGGGACCGCCCGACACGCCGUACGAGGGUGGCAGGUAUCAACUAGAAAUUAAGAUUCCAGAGACGUACCCAUUCAAUCCGCCAAAGGUGCGGUUUAUUACUAAAAUCUGGCAUCCGAAUAUCAGUUCGGUCACCGGGGCUAUAUGUUUGGAUAUUCUUAAAGAUCAGUGGGCAGCAGCCAUGACGCUACGAACGGUGCUGUUGUCACUACAAGCCCUGCUGGCAGCAGCAGAACCAGAUGACCCCCAGGACGCAGUGGUGGCCAAUCAGUACAAGCAGAACCCCGAAAUGUUCAAACAGACGGCCCGGCUCUGGUCGCACGUGUACGCCGGCGCGCCCGCCUCCAGUCCCGAAUACACCCGAAAAAUAGACAAACUGUGUGCCAUGGGCUUCGAUAAGAAUGCAGUAAUAGUGGCUUUGUCUUCGAAAUCCUGGGACGUGGAAACGGCGACAGAGCUACUACUCAGCAACUGAGUCUGCACUGAAGGCCGGAACCCCUCCCUGACCCCUCGUCCUCCUCCUUCGCCGGUCCCUUCCUCCAUCCCUCCGUACAUUUUUUUUUGUCGGUUUUAUUCCUCCGUUUGUUACCACUCCCAAUCCACCCGUUCCGUAAUCUCCACAGCCCCUCCCCCCCCCGACCACCUCCACCCAUACCAGUCAGUCUACCCUCGGUUCAUCUUUUACACCACCUCUGUCCCCCUCCACCUCUUUACCCACCUACUCAAAGCCCACAGUCAAAUACACCGAUGCCCCUUUUUUUCCCCCUUUUCAUUUUUCGGUUUUUGCCUCCCUGUAGGAAUACGUUUUAGAUUCUCUUUCAGUGCAAGCGAAAGGAAAAUACUGUCACUGUUCAUCUGAUGAUGCAUAAUCUAGCUGGGGGGGAAAAAAACGGAUAAAAUGCAAACCUCACACCCACAACUACAAUCACACAAAAGAAAGAGUUCAUCUGUAUAUAAAGUUAUUAAAGUCUGUGUAAAUUAAAAAAAAGGACGUGGUGAAAUA